ACCGACCGGCGGGGGAGGCAGCAGGCAGAGCAAAGGAAAGGACAGGGGGAAUUUAUUUAGGUUGUGUGUCCCGUAUUUGGAAUAAGCAAAGACAGGACUACAGUUUUUCCUCCUGACGUGAAGAGAGCUACUCCAUAACCUUCAAAUCGGACCUGCUUUUUGUCGACUUACUGAAACUCUGAAAGUAUCUAGAAACUAAAGAGACAUUUGGACGAAGAUGGGAUUUAAAGAACAUAUCUGCCUGCAGUGAGUUGAGAAAACAAGGGAAUAUUUUCCACUUGGAGGACAAAUAUCCACACUGUCAAAGAGAGGGGUGGAAGUAGUUCCGAUCUUGCAACACGGUCCUGAUUAUUUGUCACCUUGCGUAAAAUAAAGGGAUCAGAGAUGGCUCGGAGAAAAGAGGAAAAGUAACAUUUACCUUAGCUCGCUGCCUAGCUCCACAGCUAAGCUAGCAGGCUGCUAACUAAGCCUGUGUCGCCCUUCCAUUCCUGGAGCAGAGGAGGGGCACUGGGGCUUUGUAGCAUUGCAGAUCUGCCUUGCAUUUUUUGGGGUUGCUGCAAGAAUGGAGAAUCCCCAAAUCCUGCUACAACUCAGGGGUGUUUUCUGAGCGAGCAUCGACUCCAUGAAGUUUUUAUCUUAUCCUGGAGAAACUGCCUGCUAACAUUGUGAAUUCCUUCAUUAUCAGCCGGCCCGGGGCAGCUAGGGUCUGUAAUAGUGACUAUUCAUUUCGUGUGUGCCCCCUUAGGACAGCUUUUAUAAAAUGGGGGAGUGCUAUCCACCUCUUGAAUACAGGAUCUGGAAUUAGAAAUAAUGAACAGCUCGAUUUAGCUUCAGUUUGCCUUAAACUUGAAGUUUUAUCCCAAAUCGAGGCACAUUCAAGGUGAGAGAACUUCUUUAUAGGCCCCUCUGCGCCAGGAGAGACCGAGGAGGUGUUUGGUCAUCCCUCUGCCCACCUUCUCUUCCACCAUUACUUCACACACCGAAUAGGCCGGAGGAAUCAUGUCGGGAGAGGUGCGUUUGAAGAAGCUGGAGAAGCUGAUCCUGGACGGGCCAGCUCAGACUAAUGGCCAGUGUCUGAGUGUGGAGACUCUGCUGGAUAUUCUGGUGUGCCUCUUCGAUGAGUGCAACAACUCCCCGCUCAGGAGGGAGAAGAACAUCCUGGAGUUUCUGGAGUGGGCUAAACCCUUCACUUCCAAAGUGAAGCAGAUGCGCCUGCACAAAGAAGACUUUGAGAUCCUGAAGGUGAUUGGACGAGGAGCCUUCGGAGAGGUUGCAGUCGUAAAAGUGAAAAACACUGACAAGGUAUUCGCCAUGAAGAUUCUCAACAAGUGGGAGAUGCUGAAGAGAGCAGAGACGGCGUGUUUUCGGGAGGAGCGGGACGUGUUGGUAAACGGGGACUGCCAGUGGAUCACCACCUUGCACUACGCCUUCCAGGAUGACAAUAAUCUGUACCUGGUCAUGGACUACUAUGUGGGUGGGGAUCUGCUGACUCUACUAAGUAAGUUUGAGGACCGUCUGCCAGAGGAGAUGGCCAAGUUCUACCUGGCUGAGAUGGUGCUGGCCAUCGACUCAGUUCACCAACUACACUACGUCCACAGGGACAUAAAACCCGACAACAUUCUGUUGGAUGUGAACGGCCACAUCCGCCUGGCUGACUUUGGCUCCUGUCUCAAACUCAUGGAGGAUGGGACGGUCCAGUCCUCCGUCGCGGUAGGGACUCCGGACUACAUCUCCCCAGAAAUCCUCCAGGCUAUGGAGGACGGCAAAGGCAAGUACGGACCUGAGUGUGACUGGUGGUCCCUGGGAGUCUGCAUGUAUGAAAUGCUGUACGGCGAGACUCCUUUCUAUGCAGAGUCCCUGGUGGAGACCUACGGGAAGAUCAUGAACCACAAGGAGCGAUUUCAGUUCCCGCAGCAGAUAACAGACGUGUCGGAGGAUGCAAAGGAUUUGAUCCGUCGGCUCAUUUGUAGUCGUGAACACAGAUUGGGACAGAACGGCAUCGAGGACUUCAAGCACCACCCUUUUUUCACUGGCAUUUCUUGGGAAAACAUUCUCAACUGUGAAGCCCCCUACAUCCCAGAGGUCAGCAGUCCUACAGACACCUCCAACUUUGACGUGGACGAUGACUGCCUAAAGAACUCGGAGACCAUGCCCCCUCCCACUCACACUGCGUUCUCCGGCCACCACCUGCCCUUUGUGGGUUUCACAUACACAAGUAAAUGCACUAUAUCAGACAGAGGUUGCCUGCGACAGUUGGCAGUGAGGCCAGGUAUGUCGGGUCAGGAUCAGCUGGACCUGGAUGUGCAGCGCAGCUUGGAGGACAGCCUUGCCACCGAGGCGUACGAGAGGAGGAUCCGCCGCCUGGAACAAGAGAAACUGGAGCUGAGCCGCAAACUUCAAGAGGCCACUCAAACAGUGCAGUCCUUGCAGCACCCAUCAGGCGAGGGCCCUGUCAGCGCUAACAAAGAGGUGGAGAUCAGGAGUCUGAAGAGUGAAAUCGACAUCCUCAAGAAGCAGAUCGCUGACUCAGGCCAGAUAGAGAAACAGCUGGAGGACGUGUCAUUGGCACGCAGGGACCUGGAGGACUCUUCUAAACACAUCAAGACUCUGGAGAAACAGAUGAAGAGCAUCACACAGGAGAGGGACGACCUACACAAGGAUGUUGUGGAGGCCAGUGAGAAGCUGAAGUCUCAAUCCAAAGAGCUGAAGGAAGCUCACAGCCAGAGGAAACUGGCCAUGCAAGAGUUCUCUGAGCUCAACGAGAGACUCACAGAACUCAGGUCAGCGAAGCAGCGCCUUGCUCGCCAGUUGCGCGACAAGGAGGAGGAGAUGGAGAGCUUAGGUCAGAAGGUUGAGGCUCUCCGCCUUGAGGUGCGAAAGGCAGAGAGGUCUAAGAAGGAGAUGGAGGCUCAGGCAGAGGAGCAGGCCGCAGAGACUCAGAAAGAGAGGAAGCUGAAAGAACGUAAUGAACAGUACAGCCGACAGCUGGAAGAGGAAUUGGAAGGGCUUAAGGUGAAGCAGGCCGGCUCCUCUACCAUCCCGGCCUCAGCGGACCAGACCCAGGAGGUGGGACGCCUGCGGGGAGACCUGGAGAAGAAAACUCUCCUGUAUGAGGAGGAGCUGACACGCAGAGAAACGCAGCACGGCUCAGAGUUGAAAACUCUGCGUAAGGAGCUGCGGGACGCUGAGAGCCAACACCUGACGCUGCAGAAAGAGAUCCUGAUGCUCAAAGACAAGCUGGAGAAAACUCGUCGUGAGAGCCAAAGUGAGCGGGAAGAGUUUGAGACGGAGUACAAAGAGAAGUACGAGAGGGAGAGAGUGCUGCUGACAGAGGAAAACAAGAAGAUGUCCAGUGAGCUGGAUAAGCUGACCAGCAUGUUCGAGAAGAUGAGCAGCUCUAACAGGCAGCUGGAGGACGAGAUGAGGGAGCUGGCGGACAAGAAGGAGAGUGUAGCUCACUGGGAGGCCCAGAUCACAGAAAUCAUUCAAUGGGUGAGCGAUGAGAAGGAUGCUCGAGGCUACCUGCAGGCCCUGGCCACUAAGAUGACGGAGGAGCUGGAGGGACUGAGGAACACCAGCCUGGGAGCGAGAGCCACGGACAUGCCGUGGAAGAUGCGUCGUUUUGCCAAGCUGGACAUGUCGGCCCGUCUGGAGCUGCAGUCAGCCUUAGACGCUGAGAUCAGAGCCAAGCAGAGCAUCCAGGACGAGCUGAACAAAGUCAAGGCCAACAGCAUCUCCACAGAAUGUAAAUUGCAGGACGUGGAAAGUAAGAACCAGGAGCUCUUGUCUGAAAUUGACCGGCUAAAGAAAGAGACAGAGGAGUUGCGGCUACGAAGAGGUGUCAAGCACCAAGAUUCCCAGAAUUCCUUCUUGGCUUUCCUGAAUGCUCCGACCUCAGCGCUCGACCAGUUUGAUCGCUCGCCAUCCGUUGGCCCAACUAGCAAAGGCAGACGUGUGGACUCUAUUGAUAACUUCACGCCCUCCAACACUCCAUCCCGGGAAGAUGACCACAAGUCCCACCUCAAGUCCCGCUCACGUUCCCCCUCCAUGGCUAGUGAUAUGGAGCCUAUAGAGUUGAUAGACCAUCCUCCUCGUUCAGUCCAGACUCCUACAAUGCGUUCAGGAGGGUACGGCAGUAUUGGACGCUCCUCACCUAAGCCUAAAGCACAUCAGUUUGUGGUGAAGUCAUUCUGCACACCCACUAAAUGUAACCAGUGCACUUCCUUAAUGGUGGGGCUCAUACGUCAAGGCUGUACAUGUGAAGUGUGUAACUUCUCCUGCCAUGUAACGUGUGCGGAUAAGGCCCCGGCUGUGUGUCCUGUGCCCCAGGACCAGACAAAGGGCCCGCUGGGUAUCGACCCUCAGCGGGGGAUUGGCACUGCGUAUGAAGGGCACGUCAGGGUGCCCAAACCAACAGGGGUGAAGAAGGGCUGGCAGAGGGCGAUGGCUGUGGUGUGUGACUUCAAACUCUUCCUCUAUGAACUGGGAGAGGGAAAAGCCACCCAGCCAAGUGUAGUGGUCAGCCAGGUCAUAGAUAUGAGGGAUGAAGAGUUUUCAGUCAGUUCUGUCCUGGCCUCUGAUGUCAUCCACGCCAGCCGUAAAGACAUCCCGUGUAUAUUCAGAGUGACAGCAUCUCAGCUCUCCCCCUCCAGCAGCCACAAACCCUCCAUUCUGAUCCUGGCCGACAGCGAUCAGGAGAGGAACAAGUGGGUGGGCCUCCUCAACGAGCUCCAUCGCAUCCUCAAGAAGAACAAGCUCAAGGAGCGCUUUGUUUACGUCCCCAAGGAGGCUUAUGACAGCACCCUACCGCUCAUCAAGACAACACAGUCUGCUGCUAUCAUAGAUCAUGAGCGUGUCGCUUUGGGCAAUGAGGAAGGUCUUUUUGUCAUUCAUGUCACCAAAGAUGAAAUAAUCCGGGUGGGGGACAACAAGAAGGUUCACCACAUUGACCUGAUUCUUCAAGAGCAGCUGCUGGCAGUCAUCUCAGGCAGGAACCGCCACGUCCGUCUCUUCCCCACGCAGGCCCUGGACGGACGGGAGACUGAGUCCUACAAGCUCGCUGAGACUAAGGGCUGCCAGUCCAUCGUCUCCGGCACCGUCCGCAACGGCUCACUCACCUGCCUCUGUGUGGCCAUGAAGAGGCAAAUCAUAUGCUACGAGGUGAAUAAGAGUAAAGGACGUCACCGUCGGCUGCGGGAGCUGCAGGCCCCGGGACCGGUUCAGUGGAUGGGUCUGCUCAGUGAGCGGCUCUAUGUGGGAUAUCAAUCUGGCUUCACUCGCUACAGUGUCCAUGGAGACACGUCCCCCAUCAGCCUGCUCCACCCAGAGGACCACACCCUGGCUUUCAUCCCCCAACAGGGCCUGGAGGCCCUCUGUGCUGUGGAGAUCUCCAGCAAGGAGCUGCUACUGUGCUUCAGCUCCAUCGGAGUGUAUGUGGACUCCCACGGUCGCAGGUCACGACAGCAGGAGCUGAUGUGGCCGGCUAUGCCUAUCUCUGCCUGCUACAACGCCCCCUACCUGUCAGUGUACAGUGAGAACGCUGUGGAUGUGUUUGAUGUCAACACCAUGGAGUGGAUUCAGACCAUCCCUAUCAAGAAGGUGCGACCACUGAAUGUUGACGGCUCUCUAAACUUACUGGGGCUGGAAACAGUGCGACUUAUCUACUUUAGAAACAAGAUGGCGGAGGGUGAUGAGCUAGUGGUCCCGGAGACAUCAGACAACAGCAGGAAGCAGAUGGUGCGCAGCAUGAACAACAAGAGACGCUUCUCCUUCAGGGUGCCUGAGGAAGAGCGGCUUCAGCAGAGGAGAGAGAUGCUGCGAGACCCAGAGAUGAGGAAUAAGCUGAUCUCCAACCCCACCAAUUUCAACCACGUGGCCCACAUGGGACCCGGAGACGGCAUCCAGAUCCUUAAAGACCUGCCCAUGAACGUUCGUGUUCAGGAGAGCCGUGCAGGCUUCAGCGGGUCGGUCAGCAUCCCCUCCAUCACGAAGAACCGGGCUGAGCCAGGCCGCUCUAUGAGCGCCAGCAGCGGACUAGGAAUACGCUCGUCCUCUCAGAACGGCAGCGCUCUACGCAGAGAGCUGUCAGGCGGGAGCUACAGCUCCAAACGGCAGACCAUGACCUCUCCCUCUGAGAGCUCCCUCUCCUCAGGUGGAGGCAUGGACUGUGGUGACGCUCCACUCUCACAGUUUGACAGAGAGGACUCGGACUCUCCCCGGCACUCCACAGCCUCCAACAGCUCCACCUUCAGCAGCCCUCCCAGCCCGGCCUCCCCACACAAGACCAAGUCCCUGUCCCUGGAGAGCACAGACCGAAUGGGCUGGGACACAUGAGCCUCCGCCGGCCUCUCACCCGUACCAACCCCGCCCAUCCAACCACCUCCCGACAGCACAGGACUCCACAAACCCUUCCCUUCCUCCCCCACCGCAGCCUCUUACACGCCCUCUGAACGCCCUUACCCCCCACCCCCCCCCUCACUGCCCAGAGAACUGCACCUCCUGAUGAACAUGUGUAUCAUUUUACAACCUCACUUUGUCUCAUCCUCCUACAAGACGAGGCAGGAACACUACAAACACAGCCUGUCUCCUCAUCGAGGGAACCUGAGGGGAAUGUUGUCCAGAUUUAGUGGUAGUGUACGUGUGGGGGGCUAAUGUUCGAGGGUGCGAGUGUGUGUGAAUGUGUGUUUGAGUGAGACUGUAUGUGCCUGCCAGCGUGUGUAUGCAUGAGUUUUCAGUGAGGGCAUCUGAUAUAGGAAUAAAAAGCUCCCGGUUCUUCAGCAGAAACAUCAGGCUUCACUGACACGACUCUGUCCACGACCCCCCCGUCAAGAUUCAUUCAGAGACUCCGACACCUCACCAUGCAAGAAAAACAGAGGAUGAUUAGAGAGAGAUGAUUUGUACUUGUACAUAGGACCCUUUGGGUUUUAGGGGGACGAUAUUUUAAUUUAUUUAUCAUUCUUAGACGAGGAAAGGGAGGCUCGCUUCAUGGCCUAAAUCAGACAGGGGGGGUUUCAACCCCUCCUCUCCUCCUUCAGUCGUUUCUCUUCGGGUGCUGCAAAAUCAGAAAAUGAAAAAAAAGAAAAGUGAGAGAAAGAGGAGUUUAUCUUUUUCUUUUGCUCGUGAUGCAAAGUGCAGAGACUUCAUAACAUGUUUUAUUUUGACCGUCAGCGAACGGCUAUAGACAGCGACAUCAUCACCACAGCUACUCUCUCCCUCAUUGGUCCAGUGUGAGUGACAUCAUCACGUGUCAUCCAGUAUAGUGUAACGUCCCACUUUGCUGUACAACCAAACCGACGGACUCACAGGUUCCCAUCACUGUACAUACGUUCAAAGUAGAGAGUAAUAUAUGAUAAGACAUGGGGAAGAAAAGGAUCCUCUGACUUGACUUUUCCUUUGUGUUUGUUUUCAGAGUGAUUUGGAGUUGUAUUCACACAAAAGCCAUUUUAAACCACUUUUCAGUUUCCUUUUUUUUACUGAUCGGUUUUAGAUUUGUUUGUUUUAUAUUUGAUGUAUGACACAUUGAGUGGUUUUGCUUUUAUUUUUUCCUCCCACUCUGUUUGCUUUGGAGUGAAGAGACCUCAUGUAUGGAUCGACACUACUGCCCAAACUGUAGAGUGAACACGUCACACAUUUAUCCACACGCACGAUGAGGAGGUGUUUUUUCAGCAGAUGCCUUUUGCUCCUCCUGAGACCGUGAGAGGCGAAGCGGCUCUGAUCAUUUAAUCCACAUUUAACCUGUGUGUUCCUGAAUUGGCUGUGGUUACCUGAACGGAAAGAGAAGUCCUUCCACUGCGCUCGAUUUAACCAAAAAAACGGAGAAGAAGAGGGAGACGUAGGGACGUAGUUUUUUCUUUCUGACAGACUUCUGUAAACUCUGAAGGAGGUUUGGUCCUUCUAAUCAAUACAAAGUGAUAUUUGUAAAAGCUCUUGAUUAAAAAAAACACUAUGAUGAGAAUGUAAACACUUAAAAGCUGCCAGAAAGUCAGCACUUGGUAUUCUUAUCUUGAUGAACUGCAUUUAAAACGACCUCAGUGUGAUCCAUUAUUUUUCUUCCACAUGAACAGGACUGGAUGUCUAAUCCCCCUUCCAGGCAGGUUUCUUGUUUGGCUGCAUGUUAAUCUUACUGUGUGGCAGCUCAUGGCUGCAGAGCGGGACAUUCAAAGCCAAAAACCAGUUACCUCUGUUCAUUUAGCUCAGUUUACACACAGAUCUAAAAGCAUUUAAGGAUAGGAGUCGGUGACGGGGCAGAACGAGGUAAAACUGUAAGGGAACAAUAUGCACAAAGCUGUAAUCUGUUCUGAUGUGAAACACUAACUAUACUAUGGUAUUACGUGUAAGACGUACACACAUGCUGUACUCUGGUGCAGGUCUUUAAGGCGUCUCCUCUGUAGGAUGAAGGCGUCGAGUACAGAACGGCGUCCCAAGUCAGAAGUCUCCUUUUUGUUUGAAGGGAAACAAGAAUAUUGUUGGUAGUCAUUCCUGCAGAUUUCCCUGAUGAAAUAUAGCAAAGCGACGUUGAGCGGCCCAUUCCAAGUAUUUUUUAGUAUUCCAUUUUAUAUAAAGAGAGAGGGAGAGGGCUGGAGAGCCACAGUGAAGCUCAAUGGUUUUAUUCCAAACACCUCUGAGGAUCUUUUAAGCUCGUGAGUCUCCUUCGUUCCUGCUGGAGUUUAUCUGUAGAAUGUAUUAGGUGGUGGGGAGAGGGACUGUCUUAGCCAGGUGUUUUAUUAUUGGCCAAUAUUGUACAGAAAAGCUGAUCCCAGACCCCCCGGUUUUAGGACAGGGGAAGAGAAACUCAGGAAAUGUCAGAACCAAUGAUUUAUUUUCCUUUAGACGGUUGUACGUGUUUUUGUUUGACGGAUGGAUGGCUGGAGUGAGUGAGGGACAGAGGGGAAUCAGGCUGUAGUGUACAGUAGAUGAGAGCCAGGUGGGGACAGUAGAAGAAGAAGAGGUUGCGGGAACAGAAGAUGUAAAAAGAUGAAAUGAUUCUGGGGUGAAAGGUGACCUGUGCUUGGAAGGCUGAGGUGCCACAGUGGAAACAUUAAAGAGGAGGAAAAUCUCAAACAUUCAAACGCCUUUGCAUUUCAGUGAGGUCUUAUCUACAGUACCUUCUAUAUUAUUUUGCUCUUUCAUAUCAUAUUACACUUUGGUUUUUUUUCUAGGAUUGCUUUGUAAUAAUUUGUACAGUUUUGCAUGUUAUAGAUGUAAUCAUUUUGUUUUUCGGUUUGUUGUUUUAUUGCUCCUUUUUGAACGGUUUGGGCGUUUUACUGAGGAUAACCCACUACAGGUGAUGUAGAUUCUUUUUUGCACAAAAAAAUAUUUAAGGUGUAAGGUCAAAACAAAAAAAAUUAUGUAUGGAACUGGCUGCCACACUUAUGUGGAGAACUCAUUAUAUUAACCUGACUCCGAUGUAUUUCAAUAAAGCGGAGGGCUGUUACAAAUACAAA